AUGGAGCAGGACUUAAUGGCGAAGCACUUCGACGAACUGAGGAAAAGGUUUGCUUUAUUUUUUGGCUUUCAUCAAGCAACGUUUACAAGGGAUAAUAGCAUUCACCUCUUUCAUUUGCAAUCUUAUUAUUGAAAUGAUAACUUAUUUAGGGUUUUAUAUCUGUAAUCCCCCGUAUCAUUGUCACACAUGCUGACGACAAGAACGGAUUCAGUCCAGUUUUACAUUUUUAAGUCGAAGCGUUUCAUCGCCGACUAGUUUUAAGUAGGUAAAUGCAUGAAAUAUACAUUGCACUACUUGAAAAUCCUAUGUAUGGUCUUUUGCACUCCGAAUUUUGAAAACAAAUGAUGUAUUUAAAAUAGUUCUUAAACGUAAUAAUUUUCGGUUUUUUGUUAUCGUGGAGGCGUCAUAGCUCGUCAUCCAAUAUUAUUUUCUAUUUUGAUUCUAUUUGCUGGAACUGUCAAACACUGAAUUGAAGUCUAUCUUUACAGUACGAUGAAGAAAACUGGCUCUGGGAAGUCGUCCCACGGAAGAGCAUUUACAUCACAAUAACGCCGUAUUGGUAUAAUCUGCAUCUUGAAUACAGUGUCUUUAAUUUAGUUUUUUCUUCCGUUUUAUGUUCUUCAGUGAAAGAAAAAUAUGUUCAGAGAUUUAUAUCAAGAGCAGAGAAUACUUUAUUGAUUAUAGUCUUUUUUUUAUUGUGAAAACACGGCGUAACGCUAUGAGGAAACAAAGUCUGUGACCCGUAUCAAAUGUUGGACAUGAUUUUUCUAGCAAACGAGAUAUUUCAAAAUUAAUUAAAUUGCUCGAAUUUUAGGAGAAUUUAAAAUAGCCCUGUCCGCGCUUUGUUUGCACUUUCGGUAAAGUUCGUACAACAAAACAAACACAAAACCGAAAAGGGCAGCUGGGAAGGCAGAUAGGUUCUUUCUAGUUUUCUGCCUAUUUCGAUAAAAGCGUUGUCUGGCUAGUGCCUAGGCGUCGAAUUUCCCGCGCGCGGCCGACGAAUUUCAAGCUUGUCUGCGCCAUGUAAUUCCAUACGGGGACUUGACUAAGUUUUCUAGAUCAUACCCUGUAGAUAUCUUUUUUACUUUUAUAAACCUAGCGAUCAAUAUCACGUUUUCCCAAGGUUAAGGUUUUCCUCUCGUUUUAAGGUGCAGGUUUUGAGAGCGUUCGUAUUUACGCGAUUUUCGAGUCUGUUCACUUGUCUAAUUUAAAUCGGUUUGUGUUGUCACCACCUUUUUGAAGUGAAGCAAUGUUUUUUGUUCAUCGUCAGGCUAAGUUUUCACUAACAGCUAACAGCUAUCAUUAUGUAGUCAGUCGAGUGUGACUUCUACAAACUUUAUGAUAUAGUUCUUAUGGCUCGGCUGUUGUUAAGUUGAAAGCGAAUUGUUGACUGUAAUGAAGAACGAAGACGAUUCCGUGUUGUGAAAAGUGUGAAACAGUACCGCUUAGGUCAGUGUUAAAAGGGAAAAAUCAAGUUUAGAAUUGUGGCGGAAACAUUUAGCCAAGAAAAUGUUUUUAAUAGUGACAGCUAAGGAUUAAAGUGAUUUUCAUUCUCCCCCAAAAAUAUAGAUUAUUGUUCCUUUUAAGGUUUUUAAAAAAUUUCUAACGAUCGUUCUCCUCGUCAUUUCACAUGUAAUACCCCAGUGGGUAAGUGUUGUUUUUGUCAUUGGCCACUCAGCUGGCUCUGUCUGAGUUCUAUUCAUCCAGUUCAAUUUGGCUGAGGUAAAAUUGUUUGCUAGAGUAAAGAAUCCUGCGUUAGUAAUUUGGCCUAAAAUAGGUAACAUAGUUUCCUGCACAGAGUAAGCACGUAUAAGUUUGUUUGAACGAAGCCGGAAUUCUCUGCACCAUUAAACACAGCAGUCGUUUGACAUUUUAACUUUUAAAUUGGCUUAACGUUUGGUCAUGAAAAGAUCCGGUCACUUUUAACUCACCGAGGUAGAGGCCAAAAAUUUGGCAAAUUAUCAUAAACAGUAUUUCAUUUCGAAAAAAAUUGAACAUCCGAAGAAGCCGACGGGGCUAAUGUCGUGCUAGUUUUAUGGUAAUGGCGAAAUGACAAUAUUUAUGCGUUUAUUGAGGGAAAAAAGUUCCAGAUGUUUCGAUUUUUCUUUAUUAAAAUUUUAGCUGCAUCACGCGCUCUGUAGAAACAAGUUGAUUUUCCCAAAAAAUCGUCUUUUUUCGCCGCCAGACGCGGUUAGCAGAAAUGCCGGAAAGUAGUAAGUUUAUACAUCGAGAAUAUUUUUUUCUGCUUUUUGCGCUAAGCUUUCAUCUUACCGCAGCACAGUCUAAACAGAAGCUGCAAUCACGUGUAUGAAACUGUAGAAAACGUGUAAAUCAUGCGUUCUUAUGAAAUUAAGGACAGCGAAGACGCGCUAAGAGGAUAAAAACUAAUAUCGGUUGUUAUAACGUGUAUGCAGAAAACGUCUUUUUACUCCGAAAAUACCAACUGAUUGAUAUCGGUUUUGCGGUAGAUGUCAAGGGAUGUUUUAAUCUGGAAAAGACUGUGGUAUUACAAAUUUAAAAAUCUUAAUGUACAAAUUAGUUAUCAAACUGCAUAAGUUAUUCUUUUGUAGUCAUGUGAUUAAGGUGCAUCUUCGAACGAGUGGGGGGGGGGGGGCGGGAAACCGGGCAGGCCCAACCCAGGCAAAUGGGACCAGGGGGGGAAACCCUAACCGCCUUAAAUCAUCAGGCGACAAAAGGCAGGGAAAUAAAAAACAACCUAACUGUUAAAGUAAGCAAAAAGGGGAAAAAACAAGGCGGGAAAAAAAAAUUAGGCCAAAACAAAACCAACAAACUCCCCCACCCUGGUUUGGGGGGAAGUGUAAAGGGAUUUUUUAAUUUGGAAAAUACUGGUGAAUUAAAAAAUUAAAAAUUUUUAUUUAAAAAUUAUUUUUCAAACUGAAAAAUUUUUUUUUUUGUAGGCAUGGUAUUAAGGUGCAUUUUCGAAGGGGGGGGGGGGGGGGGGCAGGGAAUCUGGCAGAGCCAACCCAUGCUAAUGUGUACAUGGUCGGAAACUCUCAACUGCUUUAAUCAUGCAGCAGACAAAAACAAGGGAUAUAAAAAACAGCGUACUGUUUACAGUAGCAAAAAGGGGAACAACACUAGCGUGCAAAAAAAUAUUAGAUAAAACACAAACUACCAACUCUCCCAACUCGGUGUGGCCUGUACCCUACGCAUGCGCACAGCCAUAUCAUCCACAGUGAUAGCCAUGGAUAGCUGUUUCGCCCUUAUUAGGACUUAUCGGCAUGGCAUAGCCGUCAGACUCCCGUGUUCACGGGUGUGUUUUCGCCCUGAAUUUGGUGUUGUUAGAAAAUAUUACCCAUCUUAAACUGAGCAUGGGCUAGGCGUUAACUUCGUGGUAUGACACUCGCGGGUAUAAAUUAUUUGCCUUUUUGAAGGAUAGAAACGUUGUGUAACUAUCUUGCCUUCCUUCAAGUCUGCUAUAUAAACAUUCUUGGAUGAAAUGAGCCACGUAUAAGGUUUAGAAAAGUAACCUUAACCGACGGCGGCGACAGCGGAGAAAUCGCCGCUUUAAAAGUUAAUUCGCGGUCUUUCAAUCUUCAUCGCGAUUAUUACAAAUCACUUACUUUGUCAAAUUUUGGCGAUCUCUCCAAGAGUUGAAUUUCCAGAACUAUAUUCAGUUUUAGUAAGAGAAAGAAAGUUUCCUCCAGGCUUGUUUACGUCCUCCAUUAAACGUGAAAUUAGGCAUUUUCACGUCGUAUUCGUACAGCGACGACAAAGAAAUGUACAAAAAUUGUGCUGCACGUGCGAAGUUGUUGUUUCGCUAGUUAAACCUCUUACUUUUUUGACGGUCUGCUGUUGUAAGGUGUAAUGUGUUUUAAUUUUCCCUUCCAUUUACAGCCUUUCCAGUGACAGCGAACGGAUAUUAACCAAUCUACUCAGCUCGCCGGCGUACUCUUCAGAUUUCUUUAAGAUGGAUGAGGAGAGAUCUAGCCAGCCUGUGAGGAGAGUAGGGGAAACAGUGCGUAUAGCGUGCUUAGACAUCGGCUCUUACCGCCCACAGGACAUGGUAUGGCAGGUUGAAGACGAGCACGUAUUGGUACAAGGAAAGCGCGCCCAGAGGGUUGAUAAAGGCGUCGAAGGAGCAAAAUUUUCAAGAGCUAUUCCUAUCCCAGAUGGAGUGGACCCGAAGCGAAUAUCAACAAGAUUUAACGACAUAGACGGACAAUAUAUCAUUGAGGGAGUGAAAUUUGAAAAGGAACAACGUACGCCGAAAAGGAAGACUAGUUGUGAGGUUUUUAAUGAGGCGAAAAUGACGUUGACAAUCGAUUUAGGAAACUCCAGGGCACAGAAACUGGUUCAUAACGAUUUGAGUAUGAACCACUUGACAGGAAACAGGCGCGUCUUUGACCCUGAAACGGAUAAAAUUGUAAUUUAG